CGUGUUUUUGACUUCUACGGCAAGAGAGAGAGAGAGAGAGAGAGAGAGAGAGAGAGCUUCCCACUGUCAUUUUCCAAGAUAUACUCCAUAUCCUUCUUACUUCAUUGCGUCUCUCUCUCUCUCUCUCUCUCUCUCUCGAGCAUGUCUGUUUGUUGAGAAAUAGAGAGGUCUUUCUUUGCAUUUCUGUCCUCUUCCCUAUCUCCUCCAAAACCUCUCCUUUCAAUCUUUAAGCAAGCCAAUCUCUCUCUCUCUCUCUCUCUCUCUCUCUCUCUCUCUCUCAAAACAAACCAACCUUGCAAAAUCGCAAUUCCAUGAAGGAGAAGUGGGUUUUUCUUCUCCCAAUUCCAUGAAAGAGAACUGGGUCUUUCUUCUCCCAUCCCCCAACAACCAUCUCCUCCCUUAGCACUGCAACCACACAAAAGAAAUCAACCCUCCCAUCAAAACCAUCUUCAUGGAACUCUCAUCCGCUCCCGAUCUAUCCCUACACAUCAGCCCUCCCAACAAUGCCACCAUCUCCAUCUGCACCACCGACCUCCAAAACGAUAUGCAAUUCGAUGUCUGGCGCCACCCCUCCCCUCUCAAACCCCACACCGAUGACCGCCACGUGCCACCCAACUCCCACGCUUACACCGACCUCUCCCUCGCCCACCCCACCACUUCCAUGGAUAUCGAUAUCCCAUGGAAGAAAACCACCGUAAGAGAAAUCGACGAUGAUGAACCCCGACAAGGUGGGCCACUACAUCACAACCAUACACAUCAGCAUCACUACCAUCAUACUCUUCACAACUACCACCGGCCGCUCUUGGAAGUCCCUGACUCGUUGAGACCGAUCAAGGGAAUCCCAGUCUAUCACAACCGUUCAUUCCCUUUCAUCGGCCUAGAUCAAUCGAGGGAGAAAGAUCCCAAGGUGGGUUUCUAUCCAAUGCCAUUUCCAUCGUGGUCAUCUUCAUUAUCUUCAUCAUCUUCAUCACCAUCAUCUUCCUGUUCUUCUUCUGCUUCUUCACCGCCGUUGAUGGGAGGAGGUUUGGAUCCGAUGGGGCUGUUGCAUUCGGGUCCCACUGCUUCAUCAACGUCGGUUUAUAGGAUGGCAACGGCUACAAGGUUUAAUGGGUGGGCGACGGAUUCUUUAAAAUCACAGCAGUUUCAUCAUCAACACCAACUGCCAUUUGGAAUAGGAGGUUCGGAUGGUUCUCAUGGGAUGAUUAGAUCGAGGUUAAUACAGAAGAUGCCGACUAAGAGGAGUAUGAGAGCGCCGAGGAUGAGGUGGACGACGACGCUUCAUGCGAGGUUUGUGCAUGCGGUGGAGCUGCUUGGAGGACAUGAAAGGGCGACUCCGAAGUCAGUUCUUGAACUCAUGGAUGUAAAAGAUCUCACACUAGCUCAUGUUAAGAGCCAUUUGCAGAUGUAUAGAACUGUUAAGACCACUGACAAGCCUGCAGCUUCCUCAGGCCAAUCUGACGGUUCUGGUGAAGAUGAUCUCUCACCGGCUGCUACUGCAAACGAUCUCGGCCUUAGACGAUUUAUAGAGCAAAGAGGGCCAGAUGGGUCACUACAAAAUGACAUGGAUUGCCCUUCUACUCUUUGGAGUAACUCAUCCAGUAGAGGAGCUUGGCUACAAUCUAACUCAAGUGACAUGGAUGGGCUAAGACCAUCAGAUUUCACCUCUCAAGAAAGAUCUACAGACCCAUUUGAGGAAAAUGAUUCAACUCCUUCAAAAGGUUUGCUGGGGUCCCAUUUGGAGCUAAAAAAUCCUAGCUUGGAGUUCACCUUAGGUAGACCAGCUUGGCAUGGCAAAGAGCAUGUCUAAUGACACAUGACAUAUGUGCCCAAGAUUUUGAGUUGGUAGUCUUUGAUUGCUUCAAUAUCUUCAAAGAUGAGAAGGAAAUGAAGAUUAUAUAUUUGUAUAGAUAUAAUGUUACAUCUGAAAUAGAAGGAAAAGAAAAUGGAAGAAAAGCAGAAGCCAUGUCUUAUUACUUCCAUGCAAUGUAACUCUCACCUUUAUUCAAUAUAUACAUCUUCUUUUUUUC